AUGGACACUAUCGCUACCGAGACAGCAAUCAAAUCGCUCCUUGUCCGCGAGAGAUACUACCGCGAUACAAACCAAUGGGAGAAACUUCGGUCAAGCUAUCACCCAGAUGCGUCCAAGACACACAUUGACAUCACCUGGUACCAGGGCGAUAUCGAUGGCUUUGUAUCCGGAUCUCGAGCAAUGGUAACCGGCGGCACCGGUGCUAUUCACUCCAUCAGCCCGGUAGAAGUACAUUUAAGUACAAACGGAGACAGGGCAGUCACAGAGUCCACAGGAUCAAUUUCGAUCCGGUUUACGUACGAAGGAAGGGGCUACGACUGCGUCUCACUCAACCGCUUUAUCUCGCGGCUGGAGCGGGAGUCCGGCCAGUGGAAGUUGCUUACUCUGGAGUCGAUCUAUGAGCGAGACUCGAUUACACCGGUACUCCCGGAAUCAGGCAAUGUGACUCUACCUGUGCCUGUCGAAGCGCGGGAAAGCUACAAAUGCAUAUCCUGGGUUCUGAGCCUGAAGGGAUUCAAGAUCAAGCAGGACUUGCCGGGCGCAGACGACCCUGCGUCUUGUGAACGGGUGAUGAAGGAGGGCUUGGAGUGGCUGUCUUAG